AUGCGAUACCAAGUUCAUAUUACCGCUCUGAAGAGCACUCAAACAAUAUACGAUGUAAUAGUCAUUGGAGCUGGACUGAGUGGUCUGCAAGCGGCUCGCUCAGUUCGCGCUGCUGGGCUCAAGGUUUGUGUUUUGGAAGCAACCAAUCGAGUUGGUGGCAAAACACUCUCAGUACAGUCCUGUGAGAAUGGUUUCAAUGAUCUGGGAGCUGCAUGGAUCAACGAUACAAAUCAAAGUGAAAUGUUCAAAUUAUUCCAACGAUACAACAUAGAUGGAGAGAUUCAGCGAGCCAGUGGAGACGAUGUUGUUUUACUUUCCGAUGGCACAGCUCGAAGAAAGCCUUUCGGUCAAGUAAUAGGUGACCAGGAUCUGCUUCUACAGCUUCUACAGCUGCUUCGGAAAGAAUCGGCUCUAGUAGAUUUAGACAAUCCUGCCAGCUCCCCAGAUGCUGAAAAUAUUGAUAAACUAACAUUUGGUGAAUUUUGUACCGAGCGAACGCAGACUGACGCUGUAAUCACCAUCGCAGAUGAGAUAUGCACUGCAUUACUGGGUGUACAGAGCCAGGAAGUUAGCGCAUUGUACAUGCUACAUUAUAUCAAGGGUGGCUGUGGCAUCGACAAUUUACUUUCAGAUCAGAAAGACGGAGGACAAUACCUAAGAAAUAGAAAAGGAAACCAAACUAUUUCAAAAAACCUGGCCCAAGAACUCGGGGCGAAUGCUGUAUUUUUGCGCACGCCAGUUACUUCAAUUGACCAGACGGGCCCUGUUUGCAUCAUUUCGACAGACCCUGGGAAGAUAUUCCAUUGCCGAAAGGUUAUAGUCUCCGUGCCCACGACUUUAUACAAUUCAAUAACCUUCAACCCACCGCUCCCCACGAAAAAGGCUAUUCUAUGUGACAACGCUGUCAUGGGAUACUAUAGUAAGAUGAUAUUUGUUUUCAAAGAGCCAUGGUGGCAGACUGGUGGUUUCUCAGGGAUCAUGGAUUGUGAGAAGGGCCCUGUUACUUUCACACGAGACACCAGCGUGCCAGAAGAUGGGCAAUGGUCCAUAACAUGUUUUAUCGUCGGAGAUCGUGGCAGAGAGUGGUCAAAACUCUCCAGAGCUUCGCGGCAAAAGCAAGUCUGGGGGCAAAUAACUCAGGCAUUUGGCAGUUUUGUUGAAGAUGUUCCUGAGCCAUCGAAUGUCUUGGAGAUGGAAUGGGCUAAGCAAGCUUUCUUUCUCGGUGCACCCUGUCCAGUGAUGACACCGGGUACCUUGACUUCUGUGGGUGAUAAAAUAGCGACUCCAUUUGGAAAUGUUCAUUUUGUGGGAACCGAAACCGCACAGGUCUGGCGAGGAUAUAUGGAAGGUGCCGUGCGCUCUGGCCAACGUGGAGGUGCGGAGGUGGUGAAAGCUUUAUCCAACAGCAUUGCGGCGUAG